AUGUUUCAGGCCGUGGAGUCCUUCGAUCUCGACUGCAUCAGCAAGCAGCAGCCUCUACAGCGGUACGAAUCCGAAGAGGAAGACAUUUCCGAGUCCGAAGCAGGGGGCCAGGACCAUUCAUUCUCACCUGUCGACUUCCAUCGUUCCGACUCGGAUCUAAGUGCCGACGACAUGUCUAAUGUCGACGAGCCGGACAACUUUCCUCAACUUGUAUCAUUAUGCCAGCCAGUCGACAAGGACUCGAGGCCUGUGUCGAUGGCCACCAUCAAGCGUGCUAGCGAUGCUACGUUUGUCGCGGGGUCAUACAUCUACGAUGCUGAGGACGAUAUGAUCAUUGAGCUUCCAUCUCCUGACACCCCUUCACAACUUCCAUCAUCAGCUUUUCUGCAACCUACUGUCUAUAACCCUCUUGAAUCAAAACGAUCCUCAGCCCGUCUCUCUUUCCGGUCACCGUCUCCCGCCUCGUGUCUUUCUGAUGAUGAGUCCGAUGUACUCGUGGCCGAGCAGGUCAAGUACGUUGAGCCAGUAACUAGACCUAACCUAAUCGUGAUCAGUCCUACCUCGACACAAACGCCAUCCUCUUCUACCGAUGAAACACCGUCUGCAGGCAGCGGGAAGUUGUGCCCAAGCAGCACAAGCUCAUCUAUCCAAAGGGAACAGACCGACAUGGUUUCUUCGCUCCGCCAGCCAGCUGAGCCACUGACGACAAAUCGAACAGCGUCGAACAAGCGCAAUGCGCUCUAUGAUCACAGCGGAGAUGUGCAACCCGCACAGAAGCCAAAUAAUUCGGAACCGAUUUUCCCAGGGCAAUCAUUAGAGCGGACGAAUACGAGUGCAACUGUCAAUUGCCUACCCGUUCCAACACUGCCUCAUCCAGCAUCACGAUCGCAGUCUAUAUCAACCCCGCGCCCUCGAACCUCGAUAUCCGACAGAGUGGCCAGUCAUGUACGACUUCCUAGCAAGUCUCUCGGGAGACCGCCAUCACUACGAAGCGUGAGCAGUUUUUCUGCUCCAUUCUGGCAACGACCAUUCUCACCUCGCUUUGAAGACGCUCACUCCAGAUCGUUGUCAUACUCCCACAGUGUUUACAACUCUGAUGUGACAUCAUCGCGGGCCACGCGACCAUAUUCCGGAACCCCCAGCCAUGCACCGUACUCAGCAUUUAGCAGAGGCCGAUCCGAGUCGACAUACAACUUGUCUAGUGCAGCCUGUGACACCCCUCUACCGAUACGGCACCAGACGGUCAAGCACUCCGCCGCUCCGAGUAUCUGGUCAAUCAACAGCUUCAGCUUCAAGAGAAAGCUCGGUCGGACAAAGACCUUCAGACGGACCAAGCAACAGCAAACAGGGAGCGCAGAGAAGCCUCCCGGGAAGAGCUUCUUGGGGCUCCGGCUAGGCGGUAAACGGAAGUCUACCGUGAAAGAUGCACACUUUUGA